UUGACAUUUAAAUACAAAGAGCUAAGAUCGUACCGUACAAAAUGUCCUCGAAACUUUUUCACAUUUAAUUACUCAUGCCUUUAUAACUAAUAACUAAUUUAGUAACAUUUAUUAUAAAAUAAAAAUACAAAUAAAAUAAAAUAUACUAGUACAUUAUGGAUACUGACAACGGUGUUGCAAGUGACAGUAGUUCCUUUGAGGACCUUACAGCACAAGAACUUACGACUAGUCUCAAUGAAAACGUAUCAGAUGAUAAGAAAACACAUGAAGACGAAUGGUUUGAUGUCUUAGGUAGUGGUUGUUUAAAAAAGAAAAUUAUUAAAGAAGGUUUAGGUAGUGAGACUCGUCCACAGCGAACAGACGUAUGUACAAUUAGAUUAAUAGGAAAAUUAGAAAAUGGUACAAUUGUUGAAGAGUUUGAUAAAUUAAAAGUUCAAGUUGGCGAUUUAGAAGUUGUACAAGGUAUCGAUUUAGUUUUACCGCUUAUGAAUGUUGGAGAAGUAUGUUUAGUUGAAAUCGAACCGAGAUUAGCUUAUGGAGAUGAGGGUAGAUUACCAGAUAUACCACCAAAUUCAAAAAUUACGUAUGAAAUUGAAUUAUUUGAGUGUGAACCCGAAGCUGAAUUAGAAAAAAUUCCAGUAUUAAUUCGGAAAAAGAUUGGAAAUAAAAAACGAGAAAGAGGUAACUGGUGGUAUGCAAGAAAUGAAAGUAACUAUGCCAUACAAUGCUACCGACGUGCUUUAGAUUAUCUUGACGAUGUUGAAGGUGGUAUUACCGAACCAACUGAAGAUGGAGAUCUGAAGCCAACCGAUUCGGAUCUGCAAGACUUGCUGGAAGAUCGUAUGAAAGUUUAUAACAACAUGGCAGCAGCUCAAAUGACCUUACAAGCUUACGAUGCAGCUCUUAAAUGUGUAGAUAAUGUUUUACUCUGUCAACCACAGAACGUAAAAGCGUUAUUUCGAAAGGCUAAGAUUUUGAUAAGCAAACAUAAUCCAGAAGAAGCACGUGUAAUUUUAAAAAAGGCAUUUUCAAUUGAUCCAUCAAAUGUAGCAAUACAAAAAGAAUUACGGAAAUUAAUAGCAAUUGAACAAAAAGCACGAGAACGUGAACGAAACAUGGCUAAAUUAAUGCUACAAACAACAAAUAAUGAAUCAAAUAAGCAAUCCAGAAACAAGAAAUCAAAAUCAAUGUUGUUAUGGGCACCGAUUAUUGGUAUGGUAGCGGUUGGAAUUGCAGCUAUUACCGCAUAUAAAUUUAAAUAUGAUUAAAUGUUAAUAUAUACUUACCCUAUUACUUCCCCUUCUAGUCAGGGUUCGAAAAUAUCCGAUAUUUAUUAUAAAUAUCAAAAUAUCGGAUAUUUUUUAUAUAUAUCCGAUAUAUAUCAAAAUUUUUAUAUUUAAAAAAAAAAACUAAUGUUUUAAAUGUUUUAUUUACUAAGGUACUUAAAAUCAGAGAAAUGAUACCAAAACAUAAAAUAUUCUUCUAGAUCAGGCAAAAUCAACUAAAAA